CACAAGGCACUGAAACUAUGUUGUUUCAGCAUAAUCCUCCAUGCACAACAUGAAAGAAGAUCAGUGGAGUGCCCGCGCCUUGAGUAAGCAACCUUGCUAGGUACUGGUGAAAGACGUCAACAAAACUGAAGUAUGUUAAACUUCAUGCUGUUCAGUUUAAUCACCUCACUAAGCUGAAGAGUUUUACAGGCUUUGGCAGAGGGAAGGGUAGCAGAAGCAAAGCUGCUGGAUUUUAUUUCCAAAGAGGGUGACUCUGCAUCUGGAUUAAAAUGAAUGACAACAUUAUUAAUGCAACAGUGUCACCUGCAGCAGAACGGCUCCGCUACAUCCUUGGUGAUGAUGAUGACAUUCCAACACCAACCCUGUUCACUGAGAUGGACACACUCCAGCAUGAUGGAGAGGAACUCGAGUGGAAAGAAUCUGCACGGUGGAUUAGAUUUGAAGAAAAAGUGGAAGAAGGUGGAGAGCGAUGGAGUAAACCCCAUGUGUCAACCCUAUCAUUACACAGCCUGUUCGAGCUGCGCACAUGUCUACAGUCUGGAACUGUACUGUUAGACUUGGACGGUUAUUCAUUACCUCAAAUCAUAGAUGACAUAAUAGAAAAACAGAUUGAAGAUGGGCUCUUGAAUGCAGAACUUAGAGAAAAGAUCUCUUAUGUUCUUCUUCGAAAGCAUCGCCACCAGACAAAGAAACCUAUCCAUAGGUCUUUGGCAGAUAUUGGAAAAUCUGCCUCAUCAACAUCAACUCGUAGUCCGAGUCGUACUCCUGUAGCCGGUGCUAGUUUUCAUCGCUCCACCGAAGACCUCAGAACACGACAGAGUGCUAAUUAUGGACGACUACGUCAUGCACACAGCAGAAGCAUGAAUGAUAUCUCAGAUACACCCAGCACAGAUCAGUUGAAAAACAAAUUCAUAAAGAAGAUUCCUCGUGAUGCUGAGGCCUCCAAUGUACUGAUCGGGGAAGUGGAUUUCCUGGAUAAACCUUUUGUAGCUUUUGUUCGUCUAAUCCAGUCAACAAUGCUUGGAGGAUUAACAGAGGUUCCAGUUCCAACAAGAUUUCUUUUCAUCUUGUUGGGUCCAACUGGAAAAGCAAAAUCCUACAAUGAAAUUGGCAGAGCUAUUGCUACACUUAUGGUUGAUGAUCUUUUCAGUGAUGUUGCCUAUAAAGCAAGAGACAGAGAAGAUCUCAUUGCUGGGAUUGAUGAAUUUCUAGAUGAAGUGAUUGUUCUUCCACCAGGAGAGUGGGAUCCCAGUAUUAGGAUAGAGCCUCCAAAGAAAGUAACAUCUGCUGAAAAAAGGAAAUCUGUGUUCUCACUGAAUGAAGCCGGACAAAUGAAUGGCUCAGCUGGUGGCGGUGGUGGUGGUGGAAGUGGAGGAGGCGGUAUUGGUGGGGGUAGUGAUGAUGGCGAAAUGCCAGCACCUCAUGAUAUUGGAGAGGAACUUAUGUGGACUGGAAGAUUCUGUGGAGGGUUAUACCUGGACAUGAAACGGAAGCUGCCAUGGUUUCUCAGUGAUUUUUAUGAAGCUUUCCAUAUCCAGUCUAUCUCAACCAUAAUCUUCAUUUAUUUGGGAUGUAUAACCAAUGCAAUCACAUUUGGAGGUUUGCUAGGAGAUGCAACAGAAAACUAUCAGGGUGUGAUGGAAAGCUUUCUUGGGACGGCUCUAACAGGAACAGUGUUCUGUUUGUUUGCUGGCCAGCCUUUGAUCAUCUUGAGUAGUACAGGCCCCAUCCUCAUUUUUGAAAAGUUGCUCUUUGAUUUCUGCAGCGAUAAUGAAGCCAUAGACUACAUGGAGUUUCGCCUCUGGAUCGGUCUGCAUUCUGCUUUACAGACCCUGAUUCUUGUUGUUACGGAUGCCAGUUUCAUUAUUAAAUAUAUUACUAGGUUUACAGAAGAGGGUUUUUCCACACUUAUCAGUUUCAUUUUCAUUUAUGAUGCAAUCAAGAAAAUGAUUGGCGCUUUCAAAUACUACCCAAUCAAUUCAGACUUCAAGCCAGACUACAUUACCAUUUACAAAUGUGAAUGUGUGGCACCAGAUUUAGUGAAUACAACAUUUCAUAAUGCUUCAGCCCUGUUGGAACCAAACAACACUAAUAUUUCUCUGUACAACACUAUCAAUAUAACAGCUCUAGACUGGAAUCAACUUAGCAAGAAGGAAUGUCUGAAGUAUGGAGGGAACCUGGUGGGAAAGUCUUGUAAGUAUGUGCCUGAUCUGGCACUGAUGUCCUUCAUCCUCUUCUUUGGCACAUACUCCAUGACCAUAACACUGAAGAAGUUUAAAUUCAGUCGCUACUUUCCCACUAAGGUCAGGACACUGAUCAGUGAUUUUGCCAUUGUCUUCACCAUCCUCGUGUUCUGUGGAAUUGAUGCCUUGUUUGGAGUUGACACUGCCAAGCUGCAUGUUCCCAGUGAGGUUAAGCCGACACGUUCCGACAGAGGCUGGUUCAUAUUUCCCUUCGGUAAGAACCCGUGGUGGAUUUACCUAGCCAGUGCACUUCCUGCACUUCUUGUUACCAUCUUGAUUUUCAUGGAUCAGCAGAUCACAGCGGUCAUUGUCAACAGGAAGGAACACAAGCUGAAAAAAGCAGCAGGUUAUCACUUGGACCUCUUCUGGGUUGCUGUUCUUAUAGCAGUGUGCUCAUUCAUGGGAUUGCCAUGGUAUGUUGCAGCGACUGUCAUUUCCAUCGCACACAUUGACAGUUUGAAAAUGGAGACAGAAACUAGUGCUCCUGGAGAACAACCACAGUUUCUCGGAGUGAGGGAGCAGAGAAUUACUGGAAUUGUAGUCUUUAUUCUGACUGGAGUAUCUGUCUUCCUAGCUCCAGUUCUGAAGUAUAUCCCAAUGCCUGUCCUGUAUGGUGUAUUCCUUUAUAUGGGUGUGGCUUCUCUAAAUGGCAUACAGUUUUGGGAUCGCUGUAAGCUUUUUCUGAUGCCCUCUAAACACCAGCCUGACUAUGCUUAUCUCCGCCAUGUGCCUCUGCGUCGUGUUCACCUAUUUACACUGAUUCAGAUAGUUUGUCUUGCUGUGCUCUGGAUUUUGAAGUCUACGGUAGCUGCCAUCAUAUUUCCAGUGAUGAUUCUUGCCUUGAUUGUGGUAAGGAAGAUGCUGGAUCUCAUAUUUUCACAGCAUGACCUGGCCUGGCUAGAUGAUAUCCUUCCCGAAAAAGAAAAGAAGAAAGAAGAAGACAAAAAGAAGAAGAAAAGCAAAGGCGAAAAUGAGAGCGUUGAAGAGGAAAAAGGACAUCCAACAGGUCUGGUACGGUCUGAUUCAUCACUAGAUGCUGGCUCAGAAAUGGAUCGCAGCAUCACCCUUCACCUGAAGAUUUCCUGUCCAUCUUCACCUGCAUUUAAUUACACCCGCAAUGCUGUGAAUGCAGUUCCACAGGUAAAAAUAGAGAUGGAUUCUGAGUCUGAAGAAAUGGACCUUGAAAAAUCACCCAGAGACAUGGGUAGUGAGACCACAUUGUAGUGUUCUACUUAAAGAACUGCAAAUGUUUCACAGGACUUUCUCUAUUAACAAAAUUGUACAGACUUUUUUUUUUUUAUUUUUACAUAAAUCGUAAAUAAUUUUACCAAAAUGAGGUUGUCUGGUUUUAGUACAAUUAUGUAAAACAGUGUUAAUUGUUAUACUUGUAUACUGGUUUUUGAAAAAAAAAUAAAGUACAGUUUGAUGCAUUUUAUUGUGCCAACAACUAUUAUUUAUAAAAAUGUUUAAGUUGUCAGGCUCCAAAUCAUUCACUAGAAAUGUGACAAUAAACGUGAUGCAGCAUAUAAACUUUCAAGAUCAAAGUAACAAAGCCAUUUUUAUGUGGAUUUGAUAUUUUAUUUGAUAAUAUGUUUUAAAAAGUCUAAUAAUGACAACUGGACAGGCCAGUGGUAUAUAACAACAAUAAAUAAACAAAUUGCAGAAUAAUGACAUGUAAAAACAGUAAUGUGUAACUCAUUAAAAAUUAUUCUCUGGUAAA